AUGAAUGCCCCCGCGGUCUUUCAACACUUUAUCAAUGAGGCUUUGCGGGAGGCCCUUGACAGAUACGUCUAUGUCUAUCUGGACGAUAUCUUAAUCUUUAGCCGAUCCAUCGAAGAACAUGUCAGGCACGUUCGUCGGGUUCUCCAGCUUUUGCUCGACCAUCACUUGUUCGUCAAGCUGGAGAAAUCCGUUUUCCAUACCCCAUCAGUGUCUUUUUUGGGGUUUAUAGUUUCACAAGGUGUCCUGCGAAUGGAUCCGGUUAAGAUCAAAUCUGUGGAGGAUUGGCCAACUCCUAGUUCCGUACGCCAUGUGCAAAGAUUUCUGGGCUUUGCCAACUUUUUCCGGCGAUUCAUUCGGAACUUCAGUUCGGUCGCCGCUCCUUUGACGGCUCUCACAGGGAAGGGUCCGUUUAAAUGGACGUUGCCCGACCCAGAGGAACCUUUCAUAGUGGAAGUGGAUGCCUCUGAUGUUGGGGUUGGGGCGGUUUUGUCCCAGAGAGGGGGUCCGGAAAAGAAGCUCCACCCAUGCGCUUUCUUUUCGCACCGUCUAACUCCUGCUGAGCGUAACUACCCGGUAGGAGAUAAGGAGCUUUUGGCCAUCAAGCUGGCGCUUGAUGAGUGGCGACACUGGCUAGAGGGGGCAAAACAUCCCUUCCUUGUCUGGACAGACCAUAAGAAUCUGUCGUUUAUCCAGCAAGCGAAGCGGAUGAAUUCCCGUCAGGCUCGGUGGUCACUUUUUUUUGGUCGGUUUCAUUUCACCCUUUCUUACAGACCAGGGUCGAAAAAUGUUAAGCCUGACUCGCUGUCUAGACAGUGGGAAUCGACCAGACCCGAAACCGACCCUGAUCCUAUCAUCCCCCCUAGUCAAAUUGCUGCCCCAGUAACGUGGGGCAUAUUUAAAACAGUGAGAGACGCUCAAGUUGUUGAGCCCGACCCAGGUGGAGGUCCACCUGACCGGAUGUUUGUACCAUCAACAGUCCGCCGUCAGGUGUUUGAAUGGGCUCACGCGUCCUCGUUUGCGGCUCAUCCAGGAGUCUCUAAGACCCUGGUGUUCUUGCGCCGAAGGUUCUGGUGGCCAGGGAUGGAGAGUCAGGUCAAGGACUUUGUCCGUACCUGCGCUGUCUGUGCGACUAAUAAAAGCACAAGAGAGCGUCCUCGUGGACUCCUCCAUCCAUUACCAGUACCCUCUAGACCGUGGUCCCACCUGGCACUGGAUUUCGUCACGGGUUUGCCAAUAUCCAGGGGAUUCACGGUGGUACUGGUGAUUGUAGACCGGUUCACCAAAUCUUGCCUUUUCAUUCCGAUGCCCAAGCUCCCGUCCGCCAUGGCUACCGCACAGGCUGUUCUGCAACAUGUGGGUACCCCAGGAUGUGAGUAUUGCAGGAUCAGUACAGAAGAUGUCCAAACUACACAUGGCCUUGCCCUUGCUGGCCUCUUGAAAGGUUGUGUCCCGUGGCUGUGUCAUUCAUUUUUAGGUCCUCAAGUCCCAGAUAUCUGCCAGCACUAUGUCCAUGCACCACAGAAUGUCACCAUUGAGUUUGUGGAAAGUUCAAACUCAAAAUAUGAUACUGUUGUUGUGUCAUGGAACCCUAGCCAAUAUGGUAUUGCUUUUCUACGUGGUUUCCAAGUUACCCUGCAAGCUUUAGGUGGCACCCAGAUCACAUGUCAGCUCUUCUUUCUUCAAAACAAUAUGUCACUCUCUGCUGUGCAUGCUCAAAGGGUGUAUUACUCGGAUCUGUUCACAAAUCUGUCUCUGGGUACCCAGUAUGCUGUAACAGUGAUGGCCCUACCUGUUCCAGAGAUGUGGGACAAAUUUUAUAAUAAGAAGUUAUUCUUUACUCACUCAUGCCCUGAGAGAAAUGGUUUGGAGAACUGCAAAACAGAAUGGUAUCCAAGCCAUAUUGAAGUCCACCAAAAGAGCCAGGAUAUUUUUGUCACUUUUAACUUGGCACCUGAGAACCUGGGGAUCAGUCGCUACUUUUCAUCAUGCUUUGGAGGGGGCUCACGUAGCAAUAAAAUUAUUCAACCAGAUUUUACUGUAAACAACACACAUCAUACUUUCCUCUUGCUUCACCUUCCCGUAGAAACCAACUAUACCUGUGAGAUUGCAUCAGAUGUUGUGGAUGCAGUAAGAAAAACAUUCUUUGUACAUGUGCAGCAUUUAAAAGCCUUAGACAAGGAGGAUCCUUCCUUAGCAGUACUUCUUUCUGUGGCCAUUGUACUAGCAGCCACCCUAGCAGUCAUCUUUGCUAUCCUCUGGCAGAAAAGACUUAAGAAAAAAGCAGUAAAAACUAAAAUACUACAAGACCCAAUUGAAGAAUACUAUGAUGAACAAACUGAUAAAUGUCAGAACAUAACACUCAACAACAACAGACGACCACCUCGACUCCUGAUUUGUUACUCAAGUAAUGAUGGAUCUGCCCAUGUAAGCGUUGUCCUACAACUGGCAACUUUUGUGCAAAAGCAUAUGGCCACUCAGGUACAUCUGGACCUUUGGGAUGCCUUGAGCAUCAUGGAGGAGGGAGAUCUGGGGUGGUACUGCAGAAAGAUCAAAGAGAGUGACUAUGUAAUGGUCAUCUGCUCCCGAAGUUUUAACCAAAGAAAGGAAGAAAAGAAUCCAAAAACAAACACUUUUUUAGCCAUUGUGGCCAUAAUUGGAGAGGAGAUAUUUCAAGCCAAAUCUUCAGGGGAGGGCCUCUCUAAAUACAUGACCGCCAGUUUUGAGUAUUCAAAAAAGUCAGAGAUUCCAACCAUCUUAAACUUGGCCUCUCAUUACACCAUCCCAAAAGACUUGCCACUGCUUUUCUCUCAUCUCCAUGGGUUGUCUUUGCAGAAGCCAGGAGCUCAGCUUGUUGUAGAGAACAUUUCGGAGAAUGGUUUCUUCAAACUCCCUGCUGGAAGUGCAUUACUGAUGGCUAUUCAAGAUGCAAAGAGACUGAUUGGUGGUUUACAUUAGUCUGAUAAGAGAACUGUGGAAUAUUGUAGAUAUAAUAUUAUGGGUUUACACAGAUAAGAGACCACUAGACUCUGUAUACAUAACUGCAUUAAAACAUCAAAAAUGUCUUUAAAAGUAAAUCUGAGAAUUGAAUGUUUAAUUUAAUAAA